CCUGUUCUCAGUUUUCGCCUUCAAUAAAGAUGGUGCUUAUGGUACAGGUUCCCUGACAGUCUGGAUACCGGUUGCAGUUUUAUUUAUUUAUUUAUUUAAGAUACGUGUUUGCAGACGGGGAAAUGGAGGCUAGAGACAAGCAAGUGCUUCGCUCUCUUCGCCUGGAGCUGGGUGCAGAGGUACUGGUGGAGGGACUGGUUCUUCAGUAUCUUUACCAGGAAGGGGUCUUGACGGAAAACCAUGUUCAAGAAAUCAAAGCUCAAACUACAGGCCUCCGGAAAACAAUGCUGCUGCUGGAUAUCCUUCCUUCCAGAGGUCCUAAAGCAUUUGAUGCAUUCCUAGAUUCCCUGCAGGAAUUUCCCUGGGUAAGGGAGAAGCUGGAGAAGGCAAGAGAAGAAGCCGUAACUGAGCUGCCUGCAGCCGACCGGAUCACUGGAAUCCCUGCACACGUCCUCAACAGCUCCCCAUCAGACCGGCAGAUCAGCCAGCUGGCCCAGAGACUGGGCCCCGAGUGGGAGCCCAUGGUGCUGUCCCUGGGGCUGUCCCAGACGGACGUCUACCGCUGUAAGGCCAACCACCCGCACAACGUGCAGUCGCAGAUGGUGGAGGCCUUCGUCCGCUGGAGGCAGCGCUACGGGAAGCAGGCCACCUUCCAGAGCUUGCAAAGGGGCCUCCAGGCCGUGGAGGGGGACCCCUCAGUCCUUCAGCACAUGCUGGAAUGAUGGUCCCUCCAUCAACCCUCUGGGGAGUGCGUCCCAGUCACAUGUGCCUGGGCAGGUAGUGUUUUUUCGGUGGGUUUUUUUGGGGGGUGGGGGGAGUGUAUGAUUUCUUUUUAAUGAGCCUUAGAUGAAAGGAGAAAACAGGAUUUCCACUUGACAUUACCUGAAAAGCCGGAGUACUCAACUCUCCCACAUUGGCUUGAAAAUUCAUUGUGUUUAUUGCUCGAAGAUUGCAUUGUUUUAAUUGUUUGGGUUUUAAUCACAUGAUUACUUUUCACUAGACUGGUAAAGCAUACGAGCUAUGCUGUGUUACCAUGUCGCAUGCAGGGGUCCUGUACGUGAAACACCCGUGUUUACGUUGCCUGGGAACUGAACUGUGCACUUGGCCGUUAAUAAUGAUGACGAUAAUAAAAGUGAA